AAAGUUGUUGCUUGCAUAUUUCACGGGAGCGCCAUCACCACUACAAUUUUUCGACUUGCAUACCGGUUGCAUACAUCCAGAUUCUGGUGGGAAGAUGCGUGGGCUGCAGUUUCUCUUGUGUUUGAUGUCAUCUGCCUGUUCGGAGUAUGGGCUGAAGGACCUCGCUUUAACGACGAUCCUCGCGUUUAUACGACCAUGUUCUGGCUACUCCCGAUCGCUUUCACCUCUGUUUUAUGGGCGGCGAGGAUGAGUAUCAUGUAUUCCAUUCUGCGCGUCGCAGAUCCGCGAAAUACACUUCGGCGGAUUGUGUAUGGCAUCAUAAGCUGCUUUGCGGUCAUGUGGACAGGCUUGGUUGUUCAGAAGCUGCUCGAUUGCGUGUACCACGCAUGUGGCAUGGGAUCCGACGUCGCUAUUUCAGACCUCAUCACCGAUGCGGUAUCUGACCUAAUGCUGGUCAUCAUGCCUACGUAUCUCUUACGAGAUGUCAGGCUUACUCACCAUCAGCGAAUUCUUGUCACUUCAGUCUUUUGCGCGUCUUUGUUGAGCACCGCCAUUUCAAUUCCCCUUUCCAUUCUCCUUUUAGUGCAUCCGGUUUCGAAGGCUGCAAUGACAAUCGCGCAUGCCAAGCCAGCAACCUCGCUAGUGAUCGCAAAUCUACUUGUUAUAGUCUCCUUUGUGUACCGC